CAUCCGUGCAGUAGACCUCUUUCAUAGCAGACAUUUUGACUUGUCAAAGCAGGUAAAACACAGGUGUAAAUAAUAACAUUAAUGAUGGCAAGUGUCCCAGUAAGCUGUAUCAUUGAGUGUGUAUAUUUAACCUGAUGGUCACAAAAGCAUGGUAACAUACAGCAUGUUUUCUGCCUCUAAAAACAGGAGGAUAGAGGUUAAGGACCCAUGAAACCCAAAAGGACAGUGAGGGGCUGGACUGUCAAAUCACAUCUGGUCACAGCAGAGACAGAGAUGGAUUUACCUUCUCGACCAGAAGUGUUUGAUUUCCAUGGAGUCUCAAUGACCCACUAUUUCACAGACAACUGGGAGAACAUCCAAAACUUUCAGGCCAGGCCAGAUGAUAUACUUAUCGCAACAUACCCCAAAGCAGGAACCACGUGGGUCUCCAACAUCCUUGACCAGCUGUAUUUUGGUCAGACAUCUCCAGAGCGUCAGACAUCCAUUCCUCUCUAUGCGAGAGUGCCUAACUUGGAGAUCACCAUCCCUUCUCUGCAGCCAGGAUCAGGGCCUUUUUCAACCGCAUAUAAAGGAACAGACAUGGUGGACAAGCUCCCCACCUCUCCUCGACUCAUUAAGACUCAUCUUCCAGUCCAGUUUGUGCCAAAGUCCUUUUGGGAGCAAAAGUGCAGGAUAGUCUACGUGGCCCGCAAUGCCAAAGACAACGUGGUCUCUUAUUUUCACUUUGAUCGCAUGAUGUUUCUCCAGCCAGAGCCUGGAGACUGGAGCAGCUACCUCCUCAGAUUCAUGGAGGGAAAGAUGGUGUUUGGAUCCUGGUAUGACCACGUGAACGGCUGGUGGAAGAAGAAGCAGACUUAUUCAAAACUCCAUUACAUGUUCUACGAAGAUCUGAUUGAGGAUACUGGACGGGAAAUAGACAAACUUUGCUGCUUUCUUGGUUUGUCUCCUUCAAUCGAGGAGAAAGAAAGAAUUACAGGCAGAGUGCAGUUUGAUUGUAUGAAAAGGGACAACAUGGUCAACCAUUCAACAUUCCCAGGAAUGGAUUUCAAAAUGUCUUCCUUCAUGAGGAAAGGGAAGGUUGGUGACUGGAAGAACCAUUUCACUGUGGCCCAGAGUGAACAGUUUGAUGAAGACUACAAGAAAAUGAUGAAGAAUCCUACACUACAGUGUCGUACUGAAAUUUAGAGGCCUGGCCCGGCUGUGCAUAACCAAGAGUCCUGAACUGAUAUAAUAUAUAAUAGUACAUAAUAAUGUUGAUGUAACUGAGUCCAAUGUUAAAUCUUUAUUGACAAGAAUAUUGUCUCAGUGUGGGACAUUUUUCCUUAUCACUAUAAGGAAAAAUGUCCCGCACUGUCGACUGAUGUUAAAAAAAUCAUCAAAAAAUUGCACACAGAAUAAGUAGCAAAAAUCAAAGCUAUGUUUAAGAAUCUGAAUUAUUUUACUAGUUAAAGGAGAUUAAUUAGAUGGAAGUGUAUUUACUUAAUUUACAUUUAUGUUGUACAUCACAUUUGCACUCACUAACAGUCUCUUGGAAAAAAUAUCAGUGUAUAUUAAAAGACUGAUUAAAAAAGAUGAGAUUCCUCCUGUGCACUGAAUCAUACUAGUGAUGUCUUUCAUGCAGGUUCAUGCACAGCUUUUCACUGAGGUAGUUCACUCAGGUGUUACAAAUCAGUCCCAGCAGGGGCACAAGAGAGCUGAGGAUUAAUGUGUUGCCCAUAAAAACAAAAAAAUGAUUGAUGACAGAUUUGUUUGUGUGUUUUUGUGCAUUUCUUAUAUUUCAGUCAGGGACACUUAUGUAGUGAGAGCUAACCGCCCAAAACAAAAUGACUGCUCCCUGCUUAAUAAGUAUUAGAAGUCCUUGACAAAGUUACAGUGAGGAAGAGGAGGUACUGAGACACAUUGUGCCAAAAUAUACAGCAAACAGAGAAGGAGUAACUAUUGUGUGUGCCAUUCUAGGGUCUGCUUAGGUCUGGAAAGUAAGGCAAGUACCAUUUCAUGUGUUUGAAUUGUUAAAAGUGCCUGUUUCUCUUAUCAAGAAAGUCAUGUGAGAAACAACAUAGCUCGCACUACUAGAUGUUGAUAACUGCAUUGUAGAUCUCUUUUCACCAUAUAUUUUUUAUUUAAGCACUGUUAGUGUUCAUAGUAUUGGACAGUACAAAUAGAUAGCUUCAAUAAAGAAAUCAUGCAGUGGACCAAUAGUCCUUUAAGGGCUCAGAGAUGUCAUUAAAAUAAAAAUUGGUUUGGACUUUCUCCAGAACAGCAAUGAAGGUGGGCCACUUUUUUUUACAGUCCCCCUCCACUCAAAAAUGUGUUUGCUUAUUGUUAUUUCCCUUUGAUGUUUGACCUUCACUGUGCAGAAUGACGUGUGUGCAGAGUUUGUUUUCAUCUGUUGAAAAGGGAAUGUUUCUCUGUGCUCACCCUAAAUCUGAGUUUAACAUGAGGAUGUUCAAGCAUGAUUUUAUGACUAGUUUGGAGCCAAUCCUUGUCCAGUUUGUAACUUACACAAGUGUGGUGUGGAAACUUGAUGCAUCCAGUGCACAUACACUGAGAAUGAACUUUACAGUGAUCUUGUUCAGUAGCUGAACUUCUGAAAUGAAAAAGAUUUGCAUAUUUGUAGAUUCUGGAUUUUUCAAUGAGGGAAUAGAUGUAAUUUUAACAAGGUUAAUUAACUUUCUUGUAGAAAAAAACACAUCAUACACAAAUUAUUAUUCAAGUAUUUUUAUGUGUCCUUAAACAUUUCUGGAGGAUCUUUAAAUUCUUUAAAUUUGUACUUCAGGGAUACCAUUAAUAUUUCAAGAUGUUUUUUCCAAUUCUGGAGUAAAAUUCUCUUUGUUGUAAUAUGGCUAUAAGCAAUAAACCUUUGUAGAAGUA